CGCCUCUGAAAAAAAAAAAAAAGAAAGAAAAGAAAAGAAAAUUUCGAUUUGCUGCGAAUCAGUUUUGUCGAUCCAAAUUUUUUUUUUCGUUUUCCUUCUCUUUGACGGAAUUGUCGAAUGAACAUUUUGAAUUUACAGUAUCCUUGGAAACCGUAUCGAUCCUACGUUGCAGUGUUAUGACUCUAAAUAGUCUUUCGCAUAUGCCCUCAAUUACUACCCAUCACAACACCUCGUUUUCUUCGGUGAAUGGCUGUCAGACGCCCGUAGAUCGAUCCCCCAUGACCCCUCGACCACGAUCUCGAUCCAACAGUAUCUUACGUGCCAUGUCCCACGCUACAGCGUUACCUUCACCCGCUUCUCUUAGUACACCCAACUCGCCGACGGCUGGUCCGAGGCGAGCUGCCACUUAUUCCUCUGAAAACUUUCUUUCCCGCAUUCCUUCCUUCGUUCAUGCUUUUGACAAUACCUCUUCUUCAAGUUCUACUGUCGAAACUCCCUGGAUCAAUUCCACUGACGAUGUCGAAUUACAAAAACCCAUUGGCUACGGAUCUUCGGCUGUUGUGUAUGCCGCCAUAUAUAAACCCUCCAAUGCACAGGUGGCGGUCAAGCUCAUUGAUCUUGAUAUGUUUGAGCGAAAUCAAAUCGAUGAACUUCGACGUGAAACGGCUUUGAUGGCACUGUCGAGGCAUCCCAACGUGUUGCGUGUUUACGGUUCAUUUCUUCACGGUUCCAAAUUGCAUAUUGUCACACCGUACCUUUCUGGAGGUUCAUGCCUGGAUAUCAUGAAAACCGGGUUUCCAGACGGGUUUGACGAAAUCAGCAUUGCUACUAUUUUAAAACAAGCACUGGAAGGAUUAAUAUACUUGCAUAAGAAUGGUCACAUUCAUCGAGACAUCAAGGCUGGCAACUUGCUCAUGGAUGAUCAAGGCACCGUAUUACUCGCUGACUUUGGUGUCUCCAGUUCAUUGACCGAAAACAACGAAUUGCGUAAAACUUUUGUGGGAACGCCUUGCUGGAUGGCUCCUGAAGUCAUGGAACAAGCGGGUUAUGAUUACAAAGCCGACAUUUGGAGUUUUGGUAUCACGGCUUUGGAAUUAGCGACAGGCCAUGCUCCUUUUGCGAAAUAUCCACCCAUGAAGGUGUUGAUGAUGACGCUAUCCAAAGAUCCGCCUACCCUCGAUCGAGAACACACCAAACAUCGCUACUCCAAAACAUUCAAAGAUAUGAUCGAUUCAUGUCUGCAGAAAGAUCCCAAGAACAGACCGACCGCCGAAAAGCUGGUGCAACAUCCCUUCUUUAAACAAGCCAAGAAAAAAGACUGUCUCGUCAAGUCUGUUCUUAGUCAAGUGCCUCCCCUCGAUCAACGACCAAGAAAAAAGGUGCCGCAACGUCAUAUUUCGUUUGAGAGCAAUGAGAAUUGGGACUUUGAUAUCGGAUCGGAUCACUCUGAUCAAGAGCCGGACGCCAGUAAACCCACUUCAUCUACCUGUGUUCGCUUAGCUUCUCCGCCGCCAAUCAAGAGGCAUAUCUCUUUUGGCGAUAUCGUCAUAAAGAACCCUGUUCGCCCUUCGCCCAAAGACACACCUCGUCCUUCACCUCGUCCUUCACCCCAAGUAUCACCACGGGCUUCGCCUGCUCCUUCUCCUACCAACGAAGGCCCUCCUUCCCUUGGAUCUUCUUCACCUUCCUCAUCGCCUACCCGAGAAUUACCAGAACGCGCACUGGACAACGAAUCUGGUUUGGCCCGUUCGCCUCCCCUCCAUCCGGUCAUGCCCACCCCUUCCAUCAUGAGAAGAUCCCGAUUUGUUAUUGAAGAAAACGUCGCACCGGAUCACCACGGGACGGUGCAAUCCAUCGAUUCCAACAUGUCGUCCUACUUUCCAUCGUCCAAUGCAACUCAUACCACGGAUCCGGUCACGGAAGCUUCCCAAGAAACAGAAGUCAAGAAAGGUCGAUUCAGUGUCAAUCACCCGGUGACACGCUGUGCCGAUGAAGGCCACGCGGCGACGCUUGAACACCGUAGUAUUUCUCUUUCUCGAGUGAACAGCAACGAAUCGUCGUGUGAUCGUCGUUCCAGGUUUGCCAUUCAACGCCUAGUCAGUCCACCGUCGUCGGCGGAGCAUACGGUCAAGUCGGAAACCGCGCCUUGCAAAGUGAGUCGUUUCUCGGUUGAGAAAGACGAAGGGAAUAAAGAACCGGCUCCUGCUCCUUUGGAAACUCCUGUCGUUUUGCCGGAGUGUUGGAAAAAGGGAAGAUUCGAACUCACAGGAGGGUCCACCGUUCUUACGGAUGUGAAGCAUGAUUUCAAAGAAGGUAAAGGCUAUCAUCAUGAUUCACCGCAGUCAUCCACCACCAAUACGUCACCUACCUCUUCCAUCGAGCGUGGAUCAGGCUAUCGACUUCAAGAUCAUAUGGUGCCCUCGCUUGUUGUUUCACACAUGGAAACUCUUUUACGACAGACCGAACUCCACAAAGCAUUGCUGACCGAAGUGCUCACCAAUAUGGCCACCACGUGCGGUCAUCCACCGCCAGCGACGGCUCUCCAUCGUGGACGCUGUGCUUCCAACGAGACUCGCGGCUCGCCUGAUAUGUGGGGACUCGAUGAUUUGCAACAACAACGAUCAAGGUCGCGAUCGCUGCCUUCCGAGAUUUCAGCUACCGUGAUCCGGUUACAGCAUUUACUUUCGCUCUCAGAGCAAGAAAAAGAUCGACUGGUUCGAGAAAACGAAACGCUGAAACGCGAAGUGGAAGUCCUUAGACAGAAACAGGGUCUUCACUCCAAUAAGGAACGGAUGACGGAAGGAACGCAGACCCAGGACACCGUUUCAUCAGCUUCAUUACCGGUUCAUGAGGUGGCGCUGGACGCAACUCACGAAUCGACCGAUACAAAACCACAACAGUAACCGAACAUGCAAACGGAAAAAAUGCCGAGAAGGAAUCAAUCCCUCCCACCCUUGUUAAUAAAUAUGGUCACAUCUACUUUACAUGCCUAGUCGAUUUUUCAAAACCUGUAUAAAUAAGCAAUGGAAAUUGGGCACAUUCUUGAAACC